CGUGCGCCCCACUGCAGCAGAGAGCAGCCGCAGCCUCGGCCUCGGCCACCACCGCUGCUGGGGAAGAGUCCUGGGGCUGCUGACGCGGUUGGGAGGAGCCUCGCCUUUAAUGCACCAGCCGCCUCCAGCCUCCUCCUGCAGCAGCAGCGGCAGCUGCGAGUGCGCGCGUGUGGGUGUGAGGGCUCGGACCAUGGUGCAGUCCCACUGGCUCCCCUGCCCCCCUCUCCUGUGAGACUGGCUGCGGGGAGGGAUCAUGGAUACUUGUCUGCCGGCUUCUGGUUCCCACGCAAGUAAGCCUGCUGUCAAUGGAGGAGGACAUUGAUACCCGCAAAAUCAACAACAGUUUCCUGCGCGACCACAGCUAUGCGACCGAAGCUGACAUUAUCUCUACGGUAGAAUUCAACCACACGGGAGAAUUACUAGCGACAGGGGACAAGGGGGGUCGGGUUGUAAUAUUUCAACGAGAGCAGGAGAGUAAAAAUCAGGUUCAUCGGAGGGGUGAAUACAAUGUUUACAGCACAUUCCAGAGCCAUGAACCCGAGUUCGAUUACCUGAAGAGUUUAGAAAUAGAAGAAAAAAUCAAUAAAAUAAGAUGGCUCCCUCAGCAGAAUGCAGCCUACUUCCUUCUGUCUACUAAUGAUAAAACUGUGAAGCUGUGGAAAGUCAGCGAGCGUGAUAAGAGGCCAGAAGGCUACAAUCUGAAAGAUGAGGAGGGCCGGCUGCGGGAUCCUGCCACCAUCACAACCUUGCGGGUGCCUGUCCUGAGACCCAUGGACCUGAUGGUGGAGGCCACCCCGCGAAGAGUAUUUGCCAAUGCACACACAUAUCACAUCAACUCCAUAUCAGUCAACAGCGACUAUGAAACCUACAUGUCAGCUGAUGACCUGAGGAUUAACCUAUGGAACUUUGAAAUAACCAAUCAAAGUUUUAAUAUCGUCGACAUCAAGCCGGCCAACAUGGAGGAGCUCACAGAGGUGAUCACAGCGGCCGAGUUCCACCCCCAUCACUGCAACACCUUCGUGUACAGCAGCAGCAAAGGGACAAUCCGGCUGUGUGACAUGCGGGCGUCGGCCCUGUGUGACAGGCACACCAAAUUUUUUGAAGAGCCGGAAGAUCCAAGCAACAGGUCGUUUUUCUCUGAAAUCAUCUCUUCGAUUUCGGACGUGAAGUUCAGCCACAGUGGGAGGUAUAUCAUGACCAGAGACUAUCUGACGGUCAAAGUUUGGGAUCUCAACAUGGAAAACCGCCCCAUCGAGACUUACCAGGUUCACGACUACCUCCGCAGCAAGCUGUGCUCCCUCUACGAAAAUGACUGCAUUUUUGAUAAAUUUGAAUGUGUGUGGAAUGGGUCAGACAGUGUCAUCAUGACGGGCUCCUACAACAACUUCUUCAGGAUGUUUGACCGAAACACCAAGCGCGAUGUGACCCUUGAGGCUUCGAGGGAAAACAGCAAACCCCGAGCUAUCUUAAAACCGCGCAAAGUGUGCGUGGGGGGCAAGCGGAGAAAAGACGAGAUCAGUGUCGACAGUCUGGACUUUAGCAAAAAGAUCUUGCAUACAGCUUGGCAUCCUUCAGAAAAUAUUAUAGCAGUGGCGGCUACAAAUAACCUAUAUAUAUUCCAGGACAAGGUUAACUAGGAGGACAAGUGAUUACUUAAUAAUCUCACAUACUGAAUACUAGUCAAACACGUUUUUAAAUGUUUCUUUGGGUGUUCAUUUGAUGCAUCGACUCUAAUUUCCCUCUGCAGGAAACAAAUGGAAUAGAAGUCCACGGAGUCCAACCUUCCCAAAUCCCCAGUUCUAAGAAACUUUUGUCAAACCCAACAGGUUCUGGGACACUUCUGUUUAGAAUUGAGAGCUGCCAGCUAACAGUAAUUCUUCCAUAGCUGACUUGAAUUUCUGAUGCUUUUAUUGCCCCGUUUUCUCUGGUGGGUCCAGUGUUUUGUUUCUAGGUGUCUGCUGAGAUAAAAUGAGGUUGUCUGUAGUAUUUAAAGAGAAAAGAAAGAGAUACUUUUUUUUUUAAUUAAGCAACUCCAUUUGAUGAUGAUUGAUUGAAAAAAAAUUCAACGAAAA